GUAGGAUUAUUCACAUCGACGACAACUGCACCGUAAAUGCCGACUGUAGCGCGGUGAGCGGAGAAGCCGAAUGCAAAGCGCAAGGCACCAAAAAUAUGUGCAAGUGCAAGGACGGAUAUUAUCCUAGCGACUUCACUCUAUUGGCCUGUGCUCAGAGACAAGUGGGAGACAAAAACUGCGAUAGACCUGCCGACUGUUCUCAAGUCAUCCCUCAUAGUACCUGCUAUAACAAUGAGUGUAUGUGCGUUGCUGGCUACCGAUCAACACUAGAUGGCAAAGGCUGUAGAAACACUCUAGAAAACUGGGAGAUUGCCCUUAUCGCUGCCGCCUGUGCCUUCGUAUGCUUCGCCAUCCUCUGCUUCCUUCUCGGCUGGUGUGGUAGGAAGCGCAUUCGUCGCAGACACAGCAUGAAGCAGUUCACCGGCGCUUGGCAUUCUUCUAUCGAAGACCUUCGUGUCUCCUCCGCCGCUUCUGACAGCACUUUCAAUAAAGAGGACAUGAAGUCGUGGCCAGCUGAUGGAAUGACAGAGAGGGAAAGAGUGGAGACCAUGUCCAAUCCUGUCUAUGAGACCAGUGAAAUUAAACCCUCAGACGUUGGACUGGAGUUUUAGACAUGGUAUCAAGUAUACCUGUUUUUAGAAGA